AUGGAUAAAGCUCUGUUCAAUCUGGAGCUGGUUUAUUAUGGAGUGUUUCCUGCUGAUGUUCAGCAGAUGGUGCUGAUUAAAGAAGAAGCUCCUGAAAAAUGGAGUUCUGGUCAGAAGGACCCAGAGACCCUCAACAUAAAAGAGGAAGAGGAGGAACUGAAGAUCAGUCUGGAUGUAGAGCAGCUCAGUGUGAAGGAGGAGACUGAUGACACCAGGUUCUCCUUCACUGCAGUUCAUUUGAAGAGUGAGGAUGAUGAAGAGAAACCUCUGUUCUCUCAGCUUCAUCAGCACCAAGUGGAAGAUGGAGAUCUUCCAACCAGCAGCUCAGCUGACCAGAUGAAAGCAGCAACUGUGUUCCCUGCAGAUGUUCAGCAGACGACGUUGAUUGUAGCAGAAGCGUCUGAAGAACGGAGGUCUGAAGUGGCUGAGAAGGACCCAGAGCUCCUCCAUAUGAAGCUUCAGCAGCAAGAUCUUCCAACCAGCAGCUCAGCUGACCAGAUGAAUGGAGCAACUGGUGGAGAGGACUGUGAAGGAGCAGGAACUACCAGGAACCCUAAUCUAAAUAUUAAUGAAGAUGAUUCCAACUCUUCAGAGACUGAAGUCAGUGAGGAUGAGGAUGAUGUCAAUUAUCCUGAUUCUCAGCUGAAAGACUCAUCAGACUCUGUAACAGAACUUGAAAACCAUGACAAAGCCUGGAAGGAGAGCAGGACUCCUGAGUCAGGUGUAAACACCGUUAACAAAUCUUGCAGCUUCUCUGAGUGUGAGAAGCAAUUUAUCCACAAGGAGUCUGUCCAGAGAAACAAGACGGGUCAUUCAAGAAUAAAGUCCUCAAGUUUGGUUAGUAAGAAAUGUUUUAGAGGGAAGAAAACUGGAGGCCUAAACAAAAAAAUCCAGUCAAAACAGAAAUCAUUUAAUUGUGACGACUGUGGAAAAAGAUUUAACAGAAAAGAUAGUCUAAACAGACACAUGAGAAUUCACACAGGAGAGAAACCAUUUGCUUGUGAUCUUUGUGAACACAAGUUUAGAGAAAAGUCCAAUUUAAACUCGCACAUGAGAAUCCACACAGGACAUAAACCAUUUGCUUGUGAUGUUUGUGGACAAACGUUUGGACUAAAGUCACAUUUAAACAUACAUAUUAUGAUCCACACAGGAAUGAAACCAUUUGCUUGUGAUCUUUGUGAACACAAGUUUAGAGAAAAGUCAACUUUAAAGCAACACAUGAGAAUCCACACAGGACAUAAACCAUUUGCUUGUGAUGUUUGUGGACAAAGGUUUGGACGGAAGUCGAUUUUAAAUUCACACAUGAGAAUCCACACAGGACAGAAACCAUUUACUUGUGAUGUUUGUGGACAAACGUUUGGACACAAGUCAACUUUAAACAGACACAUGACAAUCCACACAGGACAGAAACCAUUUGCUUGUGAUGUUUGUGGACAAAGGUUUAGACUAAAGUCACAUUUAAACAGACACAUGAUAAUCCACACAGGACAGAAACCAUUUGCUUGUGAUCUUUGUGGACAAAGGUUUGGACUAAAGUCAAAUUUAAAAGUACACAGGAAAGUGCACACAGGAAGAAUAAACAGUUUAGCUGUAAAUAUUUUGACAGAUCCUAAAGACACUUAG